AUAGAAAAGUAGCAAACCAGCCCUUUGUCGCACCUGCAGUUGUAGAGCAGUUGUGCAUCAGCAAUCUUCUUUUCCUCUGCAGAGAAUCGGCAAAAACCAAGGAGAUGGGAGCCUAUUUGAUUUUGGUGGCUCUGCUCUCUGUGUGCAGCCUCUCCUUCAGUCAAGAAUGCAAUAGAGAGUUUCUGGAGAACAUAGAUUUCCCAGGAACAGACAUAACAUUUCUCUACUCCCCUGAUGUGGAGCACUGUCAGCAGCUGUGCACCCAGCACCCAUCCUGUCUCUUCUUUACCUUUCUUGGACCUGACUGGACCAGAGAUAACAGGCAAUUCUACUGCUACCUCAAAUCCACUCCGAGUGGAACGCCCACCGUCCAAACUCCAUUACUGCAUGUCACCUCAGGCUUUUCUCUCAAAAACUGCAACCCAGACCCACAACCUUGUCUGUCUAAGGUGUACCAGAACGUGGACUUCCUGGGGGCAGACUACAGAAGCUUGUUCACGUCCGACUAUGAAGAGUGUCAGAGGGUCUGCACACAGGACCCACAGUGUCAGUUCUUUACAUUUUUAAACAACCUCUUCUCAACAGAGAAGAUAAGGUAUAAAUGUCACCUUAAAUACAGCUGGACAGUACCAAGGACUUUAAAUGUAAACAGAAAGGCUGGUGUAGUAUCUGGAUUCUCCCACAAAAUACAGUUAACUCCAUACUUUGAGCCAGCAUGUCAGAGUGAGCUUUUUCCAAACAUGGACAUCCCAGGAAAUGACUUUGAGAACCUGCUCGCUGCCUCUCCUGAACACUGUCAGACACUGUGUUCUGCUCAUCCAAAAUGUACCUACUUCUCUUUUCUCAGUGAUUCCUUCACUUGUUACUUGAAGAACAAUCUAAAUGAAAUGGGGACCGCAGCCAAAAAGGGAGUCACAUCUGGGAUAAUGGGGCACUUCUGUCAACUGGAUGAUAGCUGGCUUAAGGUGGCUCAGGACGGAGUAGAUUUCCAGGGUUCUGACAUACGCUAUGAGCUGAUGGAUGAUCCAGAGACAUGUCAGAAGACCUGCACCGCAGAUUCUAUCUGCCAAUACUACACCUACGUCAAUGCAAACUUCUCUGACCCUGCAUACUGGCGCCGCUGCUAUCUCAAGCGUGUCAUCACCAUGCCCUCUCCUCCCAAAAUUAACAAACUGAACAAUGUCGUGUCCGGCUUCACCCUGAGUAACUGCUCGUAGAGUGCCCUGAGAAAGGCAUUCUACUGUGCACAACACACAAAAAUACAUGAGAGUACAAAUCUCUUACUUCCCCCUUUCCCCCUUACUUCCUCUCUCUCUCUCUCACACACACACACUUCCCUCCUCUUCCUCCUCCAACUGUUGGUUGAUCCGAACAUCAUUUGAUUGCAAUUUAACACACAGAUGAUUUUUUUUUGUGUGUGUAAACAAGAGCAAUAAAACAGACUAAAAGUCA